AUAGAUGUAGUGAUGGAUGAAAUCGUCGAAGAAGUUCAACAGUCGACAAGCCAACAGUCGAUUUCAGUGGACGUUUCGUCGAUAUUCGCGAAUGUGGACCAGUGUAAAGCUUUACUUCAGCAGGUGCCUGAAACAUUUUAUUUUGGUACCACGGUGGUUGGUUUAACGUGUAUGGAUAUUGGUGAUGAGUAUUUUGCGUUCGGAAGUGAUUGCGGUGCGCUCUUCUUCUUCAAUCGUCGCAUUAAUCGCCCUGUUACUCCGUUGACUCAGAACUAA